CUGUUUUCACAGCUACACGGAUACUUUAAGGACAAAUAUCUUGACAACACAAACGUAUCUGAUAUGACUAGAUUGUUAAUUUGAUUAAGGAUUAUUGUCGAUUAAUAAAAAAAUAAUAUCUUUAUUAUUAUUUGCCCGUCGCCUGAUUAACAAUGUUCGGAUCAGGAGCUAUUUUUUUGUUGGUUGUGGGCUAUGCUCAGGCGCAAGAUGCGAAUUGCGAUUUCUUUUUAAAUGUUGCUGCCGGGAGAAGUUAUCCUAUCUCCAGUCCGAACUAUCCAUACAGCUACAGGCCAGGAGUAACUUGUCGCUGGAUUGCACAAUGCCCAAAUGGAUAUAAUUGCAGAUUGGAUUGCAGCGAAAUAAAUUUACCGCAGACGCAAAACUGCUACAUGGAUAGGUUACUAGUAUCCAAGACAGGGGAUAGUCAAUUGGGGUCAUCGGAAUACCAUUGUGGUUAUGGCACAUUGACAGCUGUCUCCGUAGCAAACAGGAUAAGUGUUGGUCUCGUUACGUCGAGGUCCAGUCGCGGCGGCAGAUUUACCUGCACUGUUACUGCCCAAGCAUCGUCAACCUGCAGCUGUGGUUACAGAAAUGUCCAGAGUUUAAAGGAGAGUUAUAUCGUCGGCGGUGAGGAGACACGUCCUAAUGAAUAUCCCAUGAUGGCUGGCAUCGUGUAUGUGGGAGAGAACACCAUCAAAUGCGGUGCAGUCAUCAUUGAUAACGGAUACGUAUUGACAGCUGCUCACUGCGUCGUCGGCAAAAAUCUCGGUGAACUCGCUGUGGUCGUUGGCGAACAUGACGUCAGCACCGGAGCGGAUUCGCCGUCCUUGCAAGUUUUCAGAGUUGCUUCGGUUAUAAUUCAUCCUCAAUUUAACUCGGAUACAUAUGACAACGACAUCGCCAUCAUACAGAUAUAUGGCAGUAUAGUGUACAGUCAGACAGUAGGACCUGUCUGUCUGCCAUUUAAGUUCAUAAACGACGACUUCACCGGAUCCAAAGUUACCAUUUUGGGUUGGGGGACGACAUUCCCCGGAGGUCCAACAUCGAACGUGCUCCGGAAGGUGGACGUGAAUGUCGUCAGUCAGGGUUCAUGCAGCAGAAGUUACCCAAGUCUCAGUAACAAUCAGAUGUGUACAUUUGCUCAAGGGAAAGAUGCUUGUCAGGACGAUUCUGGCGGUCCUCUGCUCUACCAGGACCCUUCGAACGGCCGUUUAUACAGUGCUGGUAUCGUUAGCUUCGGCCGUUUCUGUGCCUCCAGUUAUCCCGGGGUGAACACAAGAGUCACCUCAUACCUCUAUUGGAUCCUUAACAACGCCCCGGCCAACUACUGCAAUAUUUAAUACUGUUAUCAUAAAAAUUGUUAUUAAUUGAAAAUAAAGUUCAAUUUUUAAACAA